CAGGCCCAGCGACCUCGAUGUAAUUUUUAUUUACUCCUGAAAUCCAAGAUGGCUACUCCGAAUAUUUCAGUACCUUAGCAAUUGAGGAUGCACGUAUUGAGAAAACUACUUUCCCCGAUAAUCUCAUCCCCUGAAACUAAAUUAGUAAGGUGUAGAUGAACUAUUUGCAUCUUACCUGACACAAAAUAGUCCUCGCGUCUUGCUUCAGCUCCCGCGAAUACACCAUUUUCAAGUAGUUUCGAGGAAUACAUAUCCUCGAUCGCUGUCUCUCCAAAGCAAGCGAGGUUCACCGUCUCCACAUCAAAUGGCCGAACCGAGAAAAGUACCAUUUGUCACACUGUCGGCCUUCGCCGCUGGACCGGCCUCAGAGCCUAGGAAAUGCCGACAUGAAGAUGAGGCCGGAAUCAAUUUGGAGGAGAGCACAGCAGUAGGCACUACACCGACCGGGACAGGAGAUGGUGGUCUGUUCGGCAAAGCUAGCGACGGGGACAACGGGGAACCAAGAGGGAUUACCGUGCGAUUGAACCUCUGCCUGUCCGAGCCGAGCGACCAAGCGUCGGCCGAAUUCAACUACAGCGAGCUGGUUCAGUCAAUACAGGUGAAGAAGGCACCCCCCCAAGCACUGACACCUGCCUGUGACCCUAAUGACCCCUUUGCAGAUGAAGAGAAAGAACGACAGGAAGUGGAGGCCCUGGCCAAGAAGUUUGAGAGCAAAUAUGGCAAUUCUGGGAAAAAGAAACGGAAAGACAGAAUGCAAGAUCUGAUCGACAUCGGUUUCGGCUAUGACGAGAGUGACCCAUUCAUAGACAACUCGGAGGCUUACGACGAGCUGGUCCCGGCCUCUCUCACCACCAAGCUGGGCGGGUUCUACAUCAACACGGGAACGCUGCAGUUCCGCGCCGCGUCGGAGUCCGAGGGGGAGGACGGGGGGAAGGACGGGAAGGCUCGCAGGCCGCUGAAGGACGGAGAGGAGCAGGUCAUGAAGAAACGGAAGAGGAAAGAAGGGAGCAGUGCGGAGGAGAAGAAGCCCAGGAAGACCAAAGUGCCGAAGCAAGGGGCGAGCGGCCUGAGCGUGCACCGCCCGGAGAAGAAGAAGCGCAAGAAGCUGAUGAAGGACUCGCUGUGCCUGGCCGCCAUGCUGCGGCGCUUCACGCGCGAGAAGGAGGAGCUUCGCAAGAAGAUCGGCGGCGGCGGCGGCGGCGGGGGGGCGCUGCCCGCGGGCGGAGGGGCGGCCGCCAACGCGCCCCGCGCCAACCACGCGAUCCACAACUCCCAGCUGCACCCCCACGCCCACCCGCACCCGCACCCCCACCCCGCCGGCAACGACAUGGCCAUGGCGGACCUGAGCGACCCGGCCGUCCUGUCGCUGCUGGGCUCCACCAGCGAGAGCGAGCUGCAGGACCUCCUGGAGGACCUGGACUUCAGCCUGCUGGACUCCGCCUCCCUGUCCUGCGGCCCCGCCCAGCGGGAGAACGGCCUGCUGGGAGCGGGGCCGCUGGCCGGCCCGAGGGCGGGGCCGGGCGCUCUGGGGAGGGGGGCGGGGUCGCUGGGGGCCGCCGCGGGCCUCCUGACCCCGCCCCCGCCUCUCCCCGACGGGCUGCCGCCCCCCCUCACCAAGCGGAUCGAGGACCUGCGCGCCGCGUCCCGGCAGUUUGACCAGGAAGGGAGGAAGAAAUUCUUCACCCUGGAUAUGAACAACAUCCUCCUGGAUAUUGAGCUGCAGGUGCAGGAGCAGCCGGCUGCAGUGCGCUCUGCAGUGUACUCCCACCUGGAGGCCUUUGUUCCCUGCAACAAGGAAGCGCUGCUCAAACGCCUCAAGAAGCUCAGCCUCAAUAUCCAGGACGAUCGGUUGCGGACUCCGCUGUUGAAGCUGAAGUUGGCCGUGUGCAGUGUGAUGCCCGAGCAGAUCGCCAGAUACAACAUGGACUGCAUGGCCAAGGCCGCCAAGCAGCAGUCGGGGGAGGGAGAGAAGAAUGGUUCAGAGGAAGAGGAUGAGGAGAAGCCGGGGAAGAGGGUGAUGGGGCCGCGCAAGAAGUUUGUGUGGGACGACCGGCUCAGGACCCUGCUGUGUAACCUGGUUCGGGUGAAGCUGGGCUGCUAUGCGCUGGAGGCCCAGUGCUCCCUGUCUGCAGAGGACUAUCUCAAAGCCUUCAUGGAGAACGAGGUCAAGCCCCUCUGGCCCAAGGGCUGGAUGCAGGCCAGGAUGCUGUUUAAGGAAAGCCGCUCUGUACACAGUCACAUGACCGGAAACCUAGCCAAGAAGAAGAUUGUCCCCACGCAGAAGGCCAAGGCCAAGGAGGGUGCCUGGGUCCAGAUGCCCACCCCCACCUCCUCCGCGGCGGCCACGCCCUCCCCGGCCCCCGCCCCCGCCGUGCGCCGGCCCCUCCCCUCCUCCCCCUCGGAGACCAUCUGCCUGUCGGACUCCCUGGACGACGACCUGAUGGCGCCCUCGCUGGACUCCAUCUCGCACGCCCUGGCGCUGCUGGGCAGCGCGGCCAAGGACCUGGUGCAGAGCGACGGGCCGCCCUCCCCCCCGGGCCCCCACGCCCACCGGCCCGGCGGCUCCGCCCCCGCCUCGCUGGCCACGCCCCACUACGCCUCCCUGCUCCCGCACGCCCUCCUGGGGAAGAAGGAAGCCCCCGCCAUGUCCUUGGGCGGGGUGGGCGUCGUGACUACCUCUCCGUCCCCCUCUUCCUCCUCCUCCUCGUCCUCGGCUCGGAGCGAGGGGCUGGGGGGGGCGAAGGCGGCGGGGUCGCUGGUGCAGGCUCACAGACUCUCCCUCAGCUCCGCGCACAGGCCCGGCGUCUCUGCCAUCAACAAACUCAGCCUGCCCAACUCGCCCUCUCCCCCAAAGCCACGGCCCCCCCCGACCGCCUCCCCGCUGCUGCCCCCCCAGCAGAAGUCUUUCUGCUCCCCGGGGGUGAAGGCUGGGGGGGCCGCCCCUCCCUCUGGACUGGUGAAGGGCGGCGGUAAGGCGGGGGCUGCUAACUGCAGUAACAGUGGCGUGCUGAGCAUGCCUGCUCAGUCCCGAAUGAACUCGCACACUCCUCAGCUCAACCCCAAAAGCCCUCAGACCCCCCGCCUGCCCCACUGUCCCUCCCCAGGCCCCUCCGCGCCCCACCUCCAGUCCAAACCCCACCAGCAUCACCAGUCAAACUUCAUCACACCAAUGCAGGCCACCCUCACCAAGUCCUCGCACAGCAACAACCCGCCCAUAAUCAAGCUCACGCCCCGCCCCCCGGCCCCGACCCCGCCUCCUUCGUCAUCCCCCUCCCCGUCCCCCUCCGCCUCCCCCUCCCUCCCCCCUCACUCGCGGGCCCAGCCCAUUCAGAACGCGCACCAGUACUCUCCCAAAAACCCCGGCUUCCGCCCGCCCUUCUCCAUCCCGGGGGGGGCGGCCAAGGCGGGACAGGGCAGCUACAGCCUCGCGGGGGGGCAGAAGAGCUCCCCCCACAGCAGCGCCAGCGCCAGCCCCACGAGCACCGCCUCCGUUUCCAGCCGCCCCGUCUCAAGCCCCUCCCCUUCCUCCAGCUCAGCCGGUCACGGGCAGCGGCAGAGGCCGGCGGGCGGGGCCAGCCAGGGGGCUAAGCCAGUGGCCAGCCGAGCGCCCGUUGCUUCUGUCCACUCCUCCCCUCUGUCUCAGGUGUCCUCACCAGGCAGUAACCUCCUGGGCCCCGCGCCCCCCUCCCUGCCGCUCGGCUUUGGGAUGCUGGGGGGGCUGGUGCCCGUCUCGCUGCCCUUCCAGUUCCCCUCCCUGCUCAACUUCUCCCCGUCCGGAGUGCCGGGGGGCAGCGGCUUGGGGGCGGCCGCCAGCAACAACUCAGGAUACAGCCUGGCACAUGAUCUGUUAAAGAGUCUGCAGUCAGGGUCUCAGGCUGCGCUGCCUCCUCACUUGCAGCUUGCCUUCUCAGACGCCACCCAAAGCCAGGGAGGAGACGUGAAGAGGAAGUCUCACUGACCAACAGGAAGCCGGAGGAACGACGGGGCACCCGCGGCCCCGCCCCCCCCAGGAAGAGACGCUGGUCUGGAGCCGUCAGAGCGACCGCCGGCUUUUGGUCGGUUGAACUGCGGAAACGUCGGGAUUUUCUCCUCCCGGGCUGUCCCAUGACUGCUCUGGUGAAUUAAUUAUUCUUGCUAUAAUUAUUAAUUAUAUCGUAAUUUGGCUGAAAGGGUGAAUGAUGAACUUUUUUUUUUUUGUUUUUUUUUGUUUUUUUCGUCAACAUGUUUACAUGACAGACCUUUAUCACUGUGGAAAAGAGAGAGGGAAGGCAGGAGAGAAUACGCUACGUAAUUUAAGUUAUAUUUAAGUAAUCUUACUUAUGUAUUCUGGAUUAUUUUUCUGAAGCUGUUUUAACUAUGAGUCCUGAAUCCUGGUUUUUAGGAGACUCCCCUCUCUCCCUCUGAGAUGGUACGAUCCUACCCCCCCCCCCC